CGUCCCCACAACUUAUACAAUGGUUUGGUUGUAUGUUUAAACGAUUUGGUUUAUUGAUUAACCUUGUCAAAACCAGACCUUUAAGCUGAACAAACCAUUAGUAUUGUUGAAAUAUAAGAAACGUGUACAUCUGGAUAAAAAAUGGAACAUUUACAGAUACUGAUAUUAAUACUAGCUAUUCAUUCUCUUUUCUGUAAUUUUUCGACGGCGGUAGAAGAACCAUGCUCUGAACAAAGUGACUGUCAAUCGUGCACCAAUGAAAAUGAUUACAUACCCUCAAGGAAUGUUAUAUGUCAAUGGUGCGAACUUGACCGACAGUGUUAUUCUAUUAACUCUAACAGUUCUUGUGAAAACGAAAUGAAUGAUGUACAAAACACGUUGUGCCCUGAAGCGCGUCACGAGAAAUACAGCCCAGAGGAAGCCUACAGGUUUGCGCUUUUAUCAGCCGUUGCUUAUGCAGAGCCAGAGUACGUGCAGAAAUGUCUCAGUCACAGCCUCUCCAGUGAUGAUUUCGAAUUAGUCGAGGCAAUAGGCAGGAAAUGUGAUUUGAAAUUCAACGACUAUAAGGAAUGUUUUGCCUUCAGUGCGAUAUCUCACAAAAGAGGGGUCAUUAUCCUAUCUUAUCGGGGUACAGCUGGUGAUGAAAAACAGUUGAAAGAUGAAGCAAAAAAAACUUUUAUACCAAAGAAGAAAUUCAGGGACACGGGAAAAGUUCACUACUACUUUCAUUACGCUUUUAAUAAACUUUACGACCCGUGCAUUAAAGAAAGCAUUCGGAAGUUAGCAAAGCAGUAUAAUAACUACACUGUUGUUGUAACUGGACAUUCGUUGGGCGGAGCGAUGGCAUCGCUUGCUGCAGUAGCUUUAAUUCAAGACGGCAUUGUUCACAAAAGCCGAGUGUCCCUUUAUACAUAUGGCAUGCCAAGAGCGGGUAAUAAAAAGUUUGCAUAUCUUCAUGAUAAAAGGAUUGAGAGAAGCUGGAGGAUUGUUCACUACAAGGACAUUGUUGCUCGUAUACCUCCGCGAAUCACCUUUGCAUACCAUCAUGGGAGGGAGAUUUACUACCCGUCACCGAAUAUGACAAUAACAUCGAAAUACGUGGAAUGUCAAGGAAACGAAGACAAAGAAUGUAGCAGGGGUCAAAAGUUGGAUUUUAAAAACGGCACCGAAUAUCACAUAUCGUAUUUCAAUAUUACCUUCGGGGACCAUUGCAAAAAGAAACUCCGUUAUCGACGUCGGUCGGAAGAGCCGAGGUUUCCUGAUGGUCAUUGUCAACUUAUAUCUCUUAAGGAUGCUGAAAAUAUGGCCCAAACAGAAAUAAGAACAGUCACAUUGAGCAAGUGCGAUUUUGAGACAGAUUUUUGCGACUGGUCUCGUGCUCCGGGAAGUACUUUCAAUUUUCAAAGGCACAAAGGACCGACAGAUGUAGCAGGGAAAACUGGUCCACGCACGGCCUGCAAUGGCACUGACGGUUAUUUCAUUUACGCCGAUGCGACGGGAAACCUAAGGGAAAUGGUUAAACUUCGUUCUCCUAACUUUCCUAAGGGACAGUACUGUUUUGAGUUCUGGUACCACAUGUAUGGAAAGGAUAUGGGUUCUCUUAAAAUUUGGGUGUUUGUAAGCGGCAUGGAUCGCAAACUGUUGAAAAAGUACGAGAAGAACCAGGGCAGGAAAUGGGUCAAACAACGAGUGAACGUGGACUUUAACAAGGGACAAAACGAUACCAUACAUUUCGAGUUUGAAGCCCGAAUCGGAAAUAAUUUCGCCAGCGAUAUUGCUCUGGACGACAUUAGCAUCACACCGGGACUUUGCCUCUAGUUCGAAAACAAAGAAGACAAACGUCAGCAUUGCCACAUCAUUCAUAAAUACGUUUUUUUUCUUCAAAUGAUAGAUGUUUUGAAAGAUGCGUAUUUCAUGCUUUGGAAAAUUUGUUUUGUGAGGUCACAUUAAGAAAUGGCAUGAAGAGUACCGAUUUCGUCGUCAUUUCUUUGAUGAUUUAACACAUGUUUAUCUGUUACAAUUUAUUUGUUGCUUCAUAUGCUUCUGUAUGUUAGUUAUUUCAUGAUGAAUGCUAGAUUUUAAUUGAGGUAAACUUGAUGGCUUUAUUUGUAUGAUUGCAUUAUAUCUUAAAGAAAUCAGCACUGUUCCUCGCACUCGAUGCAUUCUUGACAGGAACCGGAUGUCUGUGUCUGGUCGUUGAAUACUUAAAGUCUAGUUGAUAACAAAGAGUGAGAACAAGACGGUCAUAUCUGCUUCUUUAUAAUACAUGUAUGUCACUUUUUCGCUUCUACUCCUGAUGUUUGGUUAAAACAUCACAGCUUUGGAGUUGAUGUUGGUUCCGAUGAGGCGUGUGUGUUUAAUUUUGUACAUAUUGAUACAUGUUGGGGGAAGUGUGAGGUAAAACGUUCGCUAACCGGUUUAAGCCCGUAUCAAGUUGUUACUUAGUUUUCAAUGACCCCUGUCAGGUUUGAAAUGUUUGUUGUAGUGUAGCGUUUUUUUUCAAAUCUUAUUUUUGUGUUUUUGACAUUGUUCAGAGUGCAUGAUAACUGAAUUUUGCUUGCAUUUGACACUGCUAGGAUUGUACCUGUAAUUUAAGAAAAAUCUAACUUUG